UACACACGAAAAGAAGCCGUUGUAAAGGCGCAUCCCAGCUGGGAAGGGAAGGAGUGUGCAAACUCUCGGAGGAACACCCGAAAACUAGAAGUUUACCCGGGAGGGAGGGACAUGGCCUGGAGUAGGUCUGGUAAUGGAGAUUGGCGCCAGCAAAUCUAUAACAAUUUACGGGAACGGAACAAGAGAGAAUACGAAAAUAUUACUGAUCUCAUCCAAUUACAUACUCGUCUCUUUGAGCAAAGUGAAACCUUGAAGGCUGAGAUCCUGCAGCUCACCAUACAGAAUGAGAAACUUCAGCAAAGUAACCUGCAGUUGCUGAGUUGUGGUAGUGGAAGUGGUAGUGGUGGUGGUGGUGGCGGUGGUAAUGGUGGAGGAGGAGGCGGCGAGGGUGGAGGGACCGCUUCACCUAGUGUGGUGCAGGUGAGACUUUGUCAGGACUGUCUCUUGCCAUUUUUAAGUCUUUGACUGUAAUAUAUGGUAUAAGAGUGAUUGUGUAAUGAUUAUACUAGGCACUUUUGAUGAUAAAAGAAUGGUAAUAUAAAUAAGUCUGGUCUGGUAACAUUAGGGACCUUGAGGAUAUUGGUAUGCUAAUGGCUAGAAUGAGAUAAUUAGGCUUUAGGCUUUACAUGGUAAUGAUAAGGAUCAUGAUUUCAAGGAAAGCUUUCAGGAAGAGUAUGGUGGUGUGUACCUAACUAUUGUACUAAUAUAUAUACCACUUGGUUGGUUGGAUGAGAAGACAGGGGACCUGUUAAAGGGUUGUUUGAGAAUUAGGAGUAAGUAAAAGUAUA